AUGUGGCUCUACCUGGUGACACUGGUGGGCCUGUGGACACUCCUGCGCUUGUUCAGGGAGAGGCAGGUGGUUAGCCAUCUCCAUGACAAGUAUGUCUUCAUCACGGGCUGUGACUCAGGCUUUGGGAACCUGCUGGCCAGACAGCUGGAAAAGAGAGGCAUGAGGGUGCUGGCUGCAUGUCUGACGGAGGAGGGAGCCGAGCAGCUGAGGAGCAAGACAUCUGAGAGGCUGGAGACAGUGAUCCUCGAUGUCACCAAGACAGAGACCAUUGUGACAGCCACUCAGUGGGUGAAGGAGCGUGUUGGGAAUAGAGGACUCUGGGGCCUGGUCAACAAUGCUGGUAUCUCCAUCCCCUCGGGUCCUAAUGAGUGGAUGAAGAAACAGGACUUUGCAACUGUACUGGAUGUGAACCUGUUGGGCAUGAUCGAGGUGACACUGAGCAUGCUGCCCUUAGUGAGGAUGGCAAGGGGCCGAGUGGUCAAUGUCUCCAGCAUCAUGGGCCGAGUGUCUUUUGGUGGUGGCGGUUACUGCAUCUCCAAGUAUGGUGUAGAGGCCUUCUCAGACUCCCUCAGGAGGGAACUCUCCUACUUUGGGGUGAAGGUGGCUAUUAUAGAGCCAGGCUUCUUCCUGACUCCUAUGAGCAAUAGUGCCAGAUUAUGUUCAAACAUCCAGAUGCUGUGGGAUCAGACCAACUCAGAAAUCAGAGAAAUCUAUGGCAAGAACUACCUGGCAACCUAUCUGAAAAUGCUAACCAGAUUGGACCAGAGGUGCAACAAGGACCUGUCUUUGGUGACUGACUGCAUGGAGCAUGCUCUGACUGCCUGUCACCCUCGCACCCGAUACUCUGCUGGGUGGGAUGCCAAGCUCUUCUAUCUCCCCUUGAGCUACCUGCCCACCUCUCUUGUGGAUGUUCUUCUCUACCGGACUUCUCUAAAGCCUGAGAAAGCUCUCUGA